AUGAGAAGAAUCGACGAUAGAUGGACUAAAAGAACGCUAGAGUGGAUCCUAAGAGAUGCUAUGCGCCCUCGAGGGAGACAGCCAACGAGAUGGGGUGACGUGUUCGCUACACAGGUGGACCACCUGAGGGCUCAGGUGGAUACGGCUCAAGGACCUCAUCAACGUCACCCUGAACUUGAGAACAUCUUGGAUGACAUUGGCGAGGGAACGAAACGAGUGGAAGAGAUGCUGGGCCCGCAUGUCCAGUGA